AUGUGGAUUGUUACAGCACGUGAAAAUAUGUGUAAAUUGAUGAGUAUAUUCGAUGCAAUGGAAGAUGCUUUGUUGCGCACAUCAAAACAGACGAAAAAUGUACUCAAAGGGGAUAGUAACAAUCCAGAAGAAUCCCGGGACACUGAUGAUGAAGAAAUUGAAAGUUCGGCCGAUGAAAAAUCAGAUGCAGAAUGCGCAGACAAAGGUGAAGCAGGAAAAAUGCUUGAUGAAAGUGAUGAUGCGAAACAAGAAGACUUCAGUGGUUCUUUUUCAAAUGACAUGUAA